GCAACUACUCGUGUUUUGGCUGUCAAAAUGCGCGGAGAGCGUCGGAGUUGGUGCAUCUCCACGCCACCCGACAGUACCGACGCCGAAGGUCGUCUGAUAAGCAAUACACUGAAAAGUUACAUCGGCAUGUGAGACUCAUCAGCAUAGCGCACCACUUGGUCAGUGCGACUGACAUGAAACUGUCACAAUGCCUGCAAUCUGGAGGAGCAUCAUUGUUCUUCUUGUCCUCGUCAUUGCCGUGCUGCAAGUGGUGCACAUCACUCUCCUUUCACGUCUGGAAUCGCGCAAGGGCAGUGCUCGGAUUGGUGAAACUCGGUCCCGUCGAGAUGCGGAUCAGGACCGUGCCGAGAUGCAAGCUGUCAUCCGACGCAGCUCCGUGCUCGAUUCCAGCGGAGAAUUCCACAUCGUUAACUUCCUCAUCCGUGCGGACAGCCUUCUUGGUUCCCGUAACCACGUGCGUCCCGACGUGACCCUCGUCACGCAGAGUACGGCCAAUCACCUGCAUUACUUGGAGGCGCUGACUUCGCGCUGGCGGGGACACACCACGGUUACGGUGUUCGCACUGCGAUCCGACCUAGCAAUCGUCGUCGAGAUCUUGGUCCACCUCAGGAGGUGUUUUCCUGCACUCAGGUAUAACACAAGCUUCCAUCUAGUCUACCCGCUCAACAACGGUGCCCAAAACGAUCCUCCGCCCCUCGACGGCGCCGAGUCCGACGGCGCCCAAGCGUCUCCCGACCCUCUCGGACCGUCUCCGCCGUGCGACGGGCUCUUGGAUCAGUUGAGAUCCCUACCUUUUCCCGAAAACUAUGCUCACGGCAUAGCAUAUCCCGUCAACCUGUUGAGGAACGUUGCCCGCCGGAAUUCACUCACCGAGUUCGUACUCGUCCUCGACAUCGACCUCCUCCCAAACGAUGGACUCCACGAGGAUUUCUUGCGUUUCGCAAACGAGAACAGGCUCUUUGUGGAGUCUCACAAGGACGACAAGACCGUUUAUGUUGCUCCGGCGUUUGAGGUGCGGAGCGGUGUCCCGGUGCCGAGGGAUAAGGUGGGAUUGUUGAAGCGGCUCGAGUCUAUGGAGGCUCGGCCGUUUUACUUGGAACUGUGUUGGAAGUGCCAGAAACACACGGACUACGAGGCGUGGCAGAGAGAGCCGCAGGCUGAAAAAUUAGCCGUGCUCUUCGAGGUCCUGUGGAGGGACCCCUGGGAGCCGUUCUACUUUGGGAGAAAUUCUGCUCCGUUCUACGACGAGAGGUUUCGGCAGUAUGGAUUCAACAGAAUUAGUCAGGUGUGCGAGAUGCACGUGGCGGGAUAUAAGUUCUCCGUGCUCAACAAUGCCUUCGUGGUGCAUCAGGGCCUCAAGACUGCUUCCACUUUCCACAAGGACAAGGACGCCGACCAGGAGCGCAAUCGUGUCCUUUUCCGACAGUUUAAACUAGAGCUGCGGGAAAAGUACCCGGACUCCUCUCGACGAUGCUACUGAGGAAGCAACGCAUCAUACCGUGUGUCUCCCUCCCGGGCAUUCCCGGAAACAAGUUCAUGACAAUCGAGGAUCCAUGUGCUUCCAUGUAAUCCGGUGGCGUCCCCUGACACUUCUUCGAUGACAUCUCGCGUUCCCUGUCACGUGUUCCUCCUCGCCAUCUGGAAAGCAUCUGAACCAUCAGAAAACAAAGCAGAAGGGAAUGGCAUUUCACCAGUACGUGAACAAUGAAAAGUGGAAAUGAAACGCCGCUACGCGUGGCUUUCGUCUGGCCAUAAUCGGAAAGUAAAAAAGAAAGAACGAAAAGAAAAAAAAAGAACAUUGUUCGCUCCAUUUGGUUCGUGUUUAUAUAACGGCACAUAGAUGGCGCAGCGUACCGAUGCAGCCAAAAGCCAAACCAAGCCCAACAGGUGCACAUUCGUCAGCUUAGCCAAGCCAAGUGUAGCGGCGUUCCAUAUCAACCUUCCCGCGAUUCUACUUGAAACGAUGUAACGCUGCGCUGGAAGUGAGAAUCUACAUGACAAUGUACAUGGAAGUGGAGAUGGUUUGACGGCGUGACAUGUGCGUUGACUGGUCUUGAUCAUGUUCUUUCCACGAUGCGUGGUUGUGAUUGUGUGGUCACGCUUGUUUUGUGAUGUUGUAUCUUACAAACGUUGCACAGGUUUGAAACGUUACAUUGUCUCCGUCUUCUGAAAUGCGAUUGCCAUAAUGUAUGUCUGUGCAUAAUCGUGUUUUCAACUGGAGAUGUUGUAAUUAUUGUACAGAACGAAAGACAUGAUGUUCACUGGUUGAACAGAAUUUGCUUUUUUGCAACUAAGAAAGGCUAUGUAACUAAGCGUUCUGCGAUAUGAUAGUUGUCAUUUCGUGUGACCUGCCCCAUGCGUGUCCUACAAAUGCUCUGUGUGUUUCACGUGCGUACGUAAGCUGCAGAAAUACCCUCUUCAGGUACAGCUCCCUGCAACGUUAACUUGAACGCGGCGACGGCUUGCGGAGCAGUUGGAGAGCCACCCUAUCGCCGCUACGUAGAACUACAGGGAGAGCGCGUUCUGGGCUAUCCCACUCGUGUUUGGGGGUGUUUGUCGAGAAGCCUCCUCCGCGCAUCCGGAGCGGAGCGUCUCUUCUCGACAAACAUCCCCAAGCAUGAGUGGGCUAGCCCACAACGCUCUUUCUCUAUAGUUCUACAUAGCGCCGACAGGGCGGCGCUUCAACUGCUCGGCCAGCCGUCGCCGCCUUUCAAGUUAACGUUGCAGAGAGCUGUAAAUGUAUGCGUGGCCGUUCAUUCUCGAAUUUGCACAUCCAGUACCGUGUUCAAACUCGUUUGGUAUAGCAAGUUGAUAGAUUUUCUGCUUUUACAGAUAUGUGCUCGAAAAUUAGCUGAAACUCGUUGAAUCUGUACACGAACUGAGUCAUCAAGUCAAAGUCACGAAGGUACCUGCUUUUGUUUCAUACUAUGUAUAUAGCAUUUAGGUUAUUACGGGACGGUUUACUGAUUGUUGUUAAAGUUUAUCUUUGUUUAUGACAUUAUUUACACGAAAUGUUGUCCUCAUAACUCUCAGAUGACAUCGGAGUCAGAUAGUCAAGAGAUAUGCCAUGAAGUACGUAUACGUAUUUUUUAACGUUACUUCUUGAAGACUCAUGUGCCAUGUAAAGCUUCUGUUUGUUCCAUUUAUUGUUAAAGCAAGUUUAGCUCAUUUUCGUAGCGUUCGAUGCUUUCCUGGGAACGUUAGAGGCUUUAAUACCACUGAGAUUGAUUCUCAAUCUGCCUAUGACAAUAUUUUUUUUUUCUCGUUGCAACUUAUCUAGCCUAUAUUCACUUCACCCGAAGAAGUUUCCUUAAAUUACUGACACGGAUGUCUGCCUACAUAAACUUCCGUUUCACGUACCGUCA